AGCCACACAAAAACUUGCGGCCAUGGACUGGAUCAGGGUCACAUUCCCCAAUGUUUCAACGACCCUUCUACCCCAUACGUAGAAUAUUCCGAUGCAGCACCGACGAGGACAAAGACUGACGUCGCCCCUCCACAACCCUAAAACGGCUCGACAUUAUCAACAUCAAUCCCUGUUUCCCUUCAACAUUCAUUCUACUGUGUCAGCAUACUCUGCACCUUCCUCCCACUUUCUGUUUCGCAAUUGAAAUCAGAAAUUUCCAAAAUAUAUAAAUGCAUAUGUAGUCAAAGGAAGCAACCUACUGGAAUGAAAUUGAAAUUGAAGUUGAAUCGAUCCGCAGACUCCAGUACUCGAUCAUCAUUGCUGCUAGUUUCCUCCACAUCUCCAGAUUGGGAGCGGAAUUAACCUUGGAUUGAUUAAUCAAAGUCACCCAUGGCGACCGCGGACGGCUGCGAUUCGAACGGGGCUCUGGUGACAACCGGCGAGUUGCGGGUGCUGCAGCCGAUCUUCCGGAUGUACGGGCAGCAGCGGGCGUUCUCCGGCCCGAUCGUGACGCUGAAGGUGUUCGAGGACAACGUGCUGGUGAGGGAGGCGCUGGAGAGCAGAGGCGAAGGCAGAGUGCUGGUGGUGGACGGCGGGGGAAGCAAGAGGUGCGCGCUGGUGGGCGGGAACUUGGGGCAGCUGGCGCAGGCCAUGGGGUGGGCCGGGAUCGUGGUGAAUGGGUGCAUCAGAGACGUGGAUGAGAUCAAUGGGUGCGGGAUCGGGGUGCGAGCUCUGGCAUCUCACCCCAUGAAAUCCAGCAAGAGAGGCGUCGGGGAGAUGCACCUCCCCAUUUACAUUGCCGGAGCUCUGAUUCGCGACGGCGAAUGGCUCUACGCUGAUUCCGACGGCAUUCUGGUCUCGACAACUGAGCUCUCUUUUCCGAGCUCCUAAAAUAAACUUCUUGUAUUGCAAUUGGGAAAUCUGCUUGAACCAAGUUUCUAAGCUUGCCCCAACCUUGAUCAAGCUAUGUUCAAAAGUAUUUGAAAAUGGAUUCCAAUUAGGUUCCAGCGUUUGAUCAUUCAUUUUUUUCAAUUUGAUUUUGGUUCUGAUGUUCAUGAAACCAAUGCUAAAUUUUUAUUUAUCAAAUGAUAUAAAAUUGUAUCUGCAGCUAA